GAUUCCACAUUUGCCAAGAUGUCCAGCAGAAGGUCCAGGAUCUCAGAGGAAGAUAUCAAUGAGCUCAUCUCCAAGCUCCAAUCUCUUCUCCCCGACAACCGUCGCCGAUGUCGUGGCUCAAUCAGAGCUUCCGCAGCAAGUCUCCUACUCGAGACGUGCAACUAUAUCAAGAGCCUUCAUCAAGAGGUCGACGACCUCAGCAAUCAGCUCUCAGCGCUCGUGGAGACCAUGGAUUUCAACAGUGCCCAGGUGGAGUUGCUGCAGAGUCUCUUCCUGUCCUGAUCAAUCAGAAUACUGAAUUUAGCGGCAUCUUGUUUCUAGUACAGAUCUACCACAUGCAAAUAGUAUCCCAUGCAGAUUGAUGAUCCGCACAAGUUCUAUAGCUCAUAAGACUAUCUAUGUUUAAUAUGCUAGGCAAGUAGCUAGUACUGGCUAUAUCUUAUAUUGGCUUGUCUUCAUGUACAAUUUUCUGUCUUCUGGUUCAUGUUGAUCAUCUAUAGACAACUGACCAAUCACUAAUUAGAUUAAAGCAUUCUACUGUCACUGCAACUUUUGCUUGUUUA